CGAUGCGUAUGAAAUUGCAGAGCUCAGCAUUCUUCUCCACUGGCACUUAGGGAAAAAAAAAAAAGAAAAGGGAGAUAGGGAUGAGCUGGGCGGGAGGGCUUCUGGUGCACCAUAUAACUGGCCUCCUUCCAAUUAAAGAAGAGAGCUUAUGUUAUUGAAGAGCAGCUUAGCCAAUCAGGAGGCAGUGCAGGCAAAGACAGCAGGACAAAAAAAAAAAAGAGCGAGUGGGCAAGAGGAAGCAAAAAAAACCUGCAGUGUGUGUGUGAGUGUGUGUAGUUUUCAUCCCUCCCCUGAGCAGAUCUUUAUCAAUUUGUGUACUCCAGUCUUGGGGUGCGUUUGAAUGGGGUGUCUGUGUGUGUGUGUACAUGAGGCAGAGUUUACAGGAGGACAGGAGUAAAAGUGUCUCGGAGCCUGUGGAGAAGGGGGAAGAGCUUCGGUGUCCAGGAAGGAGAGCAACCUGCACAAAAAGGGUUUUCUGAUUGACAACAUUCCCACUGUGAUUGCCUCCAGCCACUUUUCAAGAUUUCAAGAUUUGGCUGGACCGCGUGUGCAGCCUAAAUGCCGAAGUGGAACUUGUUCAGGCAUCAAACAACACCCAUGGUUGCUGCUAAUCCAACGGGGGCCAGUGCCUUGACUGUGACUCCAGCCCCUGUCGCAUUAGUUUCUGCUGACAACUCCACAGAACCGGUCAACAAGAAUGACGCCUUUGACGAGAUCAAAAACAAGUUCCUGAAUGAAUUCGACAAGAUCCCACUGCCGCCCUGGGCCAUCAUUGCCAUUGCCGUCGUCGCUGCUUUACUCAUUCUAACAUGCUGCUUCUGCAUCAUCAAGAAAUGCUGUUGCAAGAAGAAGAAGAACAAGAAGGGCAAGAAGGGGAAGGGUGACAUGGGAAUGAAGAACCUGAAAGGGGGAGAGAAACAACAGGACGACGACGAUGAAGAAGAUGAUGUGGAACCCGGACUCACCGGAGACGAGAAAGAGGAAGAAGUGAAGGAGAAGGAAAAGCUCGGGAAGCUGCAGUACUCCAUUGAUUAUGACUUCCAGGAGAACAAGCUGACUGUGGGAAUCCUGCAAGCAGCUGACCUCCUCUCCAUGGACAGCGGUGGCACCUCUGACCCUUACGUCAAGGUCUUCGUCCUCCCUGACAAGAAGAAGAAGUUUGACACAAAGGUUCACAAGAAAACGCUCAAUCCCGUCUUCAAUGAGACUUUUACUUUCAAGAUUCCAUUCCAAGAGAUGGGAGGAAAGACUCUGGUAAUGUCAGUCUAUGACUUUGAUCGCUUCUCUAAACACGAUGUCAUCGGGGAGAUUAAAAUACCCAUGAACACCCUUGACCUGGCGAAGCCAAUUGAGGAGUGGAGAGACCUGGACAGUGCAGACCAAGAAGAGCCUGAGAAGCUGGGUGACAUUUGCAUCUCCCUGCGCUACGUCCCCACUGCUGGCAAACUUACCAUCUGUAUUCUGGAGGCCAAGAACCUGAAGAAAAUGGACGUGGGUGGACUGUCAGAUCCCUAUGUGAAAAUUAACCUGCUGCAGAAUGGAAAGAGGCUGAAGAAGAAGAAGACGACAGUGAAGAAGAACACUUUGAAUCCGUACUACAACGAGUCUUUCAGCUUUGAGAUCCCUCUUGAGCAAAUGCAGAAAAUCCAAGCUGUGAUCACAGUGCUGGAUUACGACAAGAUUGGCAAGAACGACGCCAUUGGGAAGAUCUUGGUGGGAAGCAAGUCCACAGGGGCCGGGCUGAAACACUGGUCCGACAUGCUGGCCAACCCCCGUCGCCCCAUCGCCCAGUGGCAUCCACUGCUGCCAGAGGAGGAGGUGGAUGCUGCCGUCGCAGCCCUAAAUGCCAAGAAGUAAACCCCCUCACCAGAAUUGUACCCCACCUCCACUUACCUACCUACCUACCUACCCAUACAUUUCCCUUCAUUCCUCCCCCCAGGUCCCACAUAUCAGUGUAUAUUCCAAAAGAACACCCUAACUGUACAUCUACUCCUUCCACCCUCUUCCUCUCCCUUUCAAAAGAUCCAUAAAUACCAUUUAACAUGAUGGGAAAUAUAGUUUAAAAAAAAAAAGAAAAGCAUCAUGUUCUAUGAAUUCAUGUCAUUGAGAAAAGAAGACAAGUAACAGGAUGGACAGAUACUCCGUUGAUUUCCUUUAGAUCUAUUUUUGUAUUGGGGUUGUGGUUCCAUUAAUAAGAAUACAGAGUAGACCAUGAAGAACAGUAAGAGUGCUACAUGGGAAUCUGGUGAUAGAGGGGAUAAAACAUACAUUCACUCAUAUUGUACUUCUCACCCCUUCCCUUUAGUGACACAGUUUGCUUAGAAUAGUGCUUAUUAAUAAUAAAAUGCUUUAUACUGCCAUAUGAUAGAGAAAUAACACAAGCAGGUCCAUUCCUUAGGUGUAUUGUGCACCAUGUUCCACACCUGCCAGUUAUCAUACUAGACGAUUCUGUUAGUUUGAAGUACAUUCCUAGAGUUGGGUAGCAUUUAGGGAUAGGCACAUAUCCAGUUACCCACAAACACACUGCCUUUUUGAUUAGUUAACCUUCCACCCAUCGUCUCAGGAAAACUGAGAGGAAACUGAAUCUCCAUGCCUUUUUUUCUAAACGGGUUGUUAUUAUCAAACAAAUCCUCCACCCGAUGAGAAAGAAAUGUCGGAUCCAAAAGCUUGACCGCUUGUUCUAUUUUUUUGUUUUGUUUUGUUUUUCCGGUGAUGUAAGGCUCACGACUAGUGUUAGUAUAUCCAUGAAAUGGUAUGUCAGGGAACAGGGAGUGAUGGAUUUUCAGUAAAAAAGAAAAAAAAUAUUAAAAAAGCGUUUUUUUUUUUUUUUGACGACGCAAAAAUGUUGCGCCUGUCAUCUGAGCAGCAACAAAAAAACAAACAAAAAAACAAAAAAAAAAAGCAAGGAAAUAUCAGAGCGGGUACAACAGAGACUGAUUCCAACCACCAAUGACAUGAUAUUUACAAGGUGUCGAAUACUGCCUGCAGUCUACCACCUCCCCUCCCAAUGCCUCUGAUUCUGUAUCUCACUUGUUCAGUGCUACUGCCAUUAGUCAUGGACUUGACACAAGGGUUUUACUUCAAAGGAAUCCCUAUAACCGUCUUACAGUCAUAAAGGAGACAAGCCUUCAAAGUAACAAAAUAAGCAAUUUUCAACUUACCAGGGACGCCUUCCAGUUAGCGGUGUUGUUCUCUUCAUUUCUUUCUUUCCUUCUUCUUAUUUUUUCUAUCGCAUUUUUUGUUUAUCCAGAUUUAUUUCAUUUAUCUUUGAUUCCUCGAGCACUUUAAAUCCAAAUGUUGUGUUUAAGUACCCUCAGAAACCAGAGCUUUAAGUGUUUAUGUUAGGAAUAACUGCUAGUUUAA